GUUCCGGAAAUUUCACCCGGAAGUUUAAUUAUUGAGAAACGUGUAGCAGAGGAGGUGAAAAAAGAGGAGAGAAUAUGGCAGAUGAAGAUGUUGCAGCAGAGGACUACCCCACAGAGAUUGAAGAGUACCUGACAGCCUUUGAGACCUCUGUGAGCUCAGUGAAUAACAUGAUAAAGACAAUGAUGUCAAUACCCAGGAGUGAGCUGCUUCAACAACUGGACCCCCUUGAGCAAGCAAAACUGGAUUUAGUUUCUGCCUAUUCCCUGAAUUCAUUGUUUUGGAUAUACUUGGUGACACAAGGAAUAAACCCAAAAGAACAUGCAGUUAAACAAGAAUUGGAGAGAAUAAGAACGUACAUGAACAAAGUCAAAGAAAUCACUGACAGAAAGAAAGCAUCUCGUCUGGACAAAGGAGCUGCGUCUCGGUUUGUGAGAAGUGCUCUGUGGGAGGGCAGCACAGAGGAAUCCAAGGCCACACCUGAAGGCUCACAUCAGUCAAAGCGCAGAAAGCAGAGCUGAAAACACAGCACAACAAAGGGGGGAGAUAAUGUGCCAAGGAAAACAGCAGAUCUGCUCUCUCUAAGGUGUCUACAGACAAACAGGUUUUCUAAGAGACAAUGCUUGGAGAGAGACAAUUAACAAUCGGUUAUUUUUCUGUAGUUGUAAUUAGAAGGCGACGCUAGAGAAAUAAUUGCAUAUUUUGUUUGCCAUUUUUUUUUGUAAUGGAGGAACCUGUUUUUCAGCACAUUGGGUUGGAAAGGGCUUGUUUUUAUAACUGGGUCUGUUAAAGUUACAUGUAUUUUAUUUUCUAAACCUUUCUGCUUGAAUCUUUUUAGAUAAUUCAGGAGUACAGAACAUCAUAACUUUAUAACUUUUUAUUGUCUUGUUGAAAGUUGAAUUUGUUUUAUUACACAAAUACCACCCUUUCUGUGCAUCAGAUGUACAUAAUGUUGAAAUUAAUAGAAUUUGAAAGGAAGAUAUUUUCAUUUUUUGUGGUAAGCACAUGACACUGUAACUGCUUUCGUUUUUGACAGGAAUUAUGUUAAUUUUGAAGUAUAGUUUUGUCCAUGUUCAGGACCUGAACUGUUUCUAAGAUGGCUCGUGUUUACUUUGUGUGUUGAUUUGGCCAUUUAAAUCUCUUGAGGAGAACAGAUGUGUGGAAAAUAUGUGGUGAAAGUAUUUUAGACAAGACCUUGUUUUGUUGUUUUUUUUAUUCUGCAUAAUCACCAGGAUAAAUGUAGUUCUUUGUGUCUCAUGUCAAGAAGUUAAAGGUUUCCUUGCUGUAUUACCCAAUAUUGCUGAGUAACACACUCGUCUACCUCUACAAAUUAUUUCCCAUUAUUGUAGGGCUGGAUUUUACAUUGUAUUGCAUUUCAUCUUGGAAGUUUGUGAAGUACUUUUUUCCUCUGUAGGAAACUUCCUGUUAAACAUAAAGUCUCACCUUUCAGAUGCAUUUUAAGCUUUUUUUUUUCCUUCCCAGGUAUUGAACCGAAAUCUAUUCUAUUUCCUCAGUAUAGAGAAUGUACGGUGCAUAACAUGCAAGUUUAUAAUCAAUGACCUGUUUCCUGUUGCAUGAUAUCCUGAUUCAUUUCCUUUAUUCUUCCUAAGCUUUUAAUGGUUUCGUACAUUUAGCUUAACUGUAUGUGUUCCACAGACAAAUCCAUUAGCCUGUGCUGAUCAAAUACAGAAAGACAAGUUAAAGUGC